UUAAGAACAAUUUAUGUCACAUUUGUCAAAAUCUUUCACCGUCUCACUCAAAAAUGAUUUAAAAUAAGACAUUUAUAAAACAAAAUUCAUUAGUACCCAUUCUCAGAUGUUAAUAAAAGUAGUGACACUAACAGGAGAGGAACGCAUGCUCGAUGUAGAGCCUUUAGAUAAAAUCUUAACAAUUAAGGAGAAACUAGAAGAAAAAGAAGGUAUUCCACCUUCGCAACAAAGACUGGUUUUUCAAGGAAAACAACUAAAAGAUGAUAAGACCGUAUCUAGUUAUAAAUUGAAGGGAGGAACAAUACUGCAUUUGGUAGUUGCGUUAAGAGGUGGUAUAGAAAACCAGUGAUACUAACAUGAUUGAAAUUUGGUAAUAUAUAAAACAUUAAAUUUUUUA